AAUGCAACUUCACCAAAACUAAAUGACGGAUGGAUGUUCACGUUCAUGUUCGCGAUCUCCGCUUCCACACGUCAUCCAUUUAUUUGACUUCCGUCCACCGAAAACAGGCGGCGGAUUCUUUCUCCCCUCCGCCGUUGGCCGCCGGUUCCAUCUCAACCGCCCAACACACGCCCACACUCCCGCGCUCCCCUCCGCCAUCAAUUAAAAAAACAAAAAAGAAGAGGAAUAGAUUAAUGGUGAAAAUUCCACUCUAUAUGAGAGAGAGAGAGAGAGAGAGAGAGGAAAUGAUGGGCGGAUGAAACGCAGAAAAGCAGAGGAAAAGCCGAGACCAGAAAGGAGUGAAAAAAGGUAUUUUUGCAACGCACAGCUCAGGUUGUGAGAGGGAUAGUAAUAUUAUAUUUUGGUAUUGAGAUUUAGAGUUGAAGAGAGAGAGAGAGAGAGAGAGAGAGAGAGAGAGUGAAAACCUUGGAUCCACAAAACCCUUUUCCUACCCUUUAUACACGCAGGCUCGGCUGUCAUUCUUCUUUUUUGCUCCCUUUUCUCUUCUAUUUCCCCUGUUCUUUGUUGAACUUUAAGCCCUUUGAGCAAGGUUUUCCACAGUGGGUAUGGUCGCCUUCUGAUCUUUGACUCUACUCCAAUCCCCUCCCCUUCUCUCCGACGCCCACCCUGUGAUCUCCGGCGAUGGGAGCCCGCUGCUCCAAAUUCUCUCUAUGCUGGUGGCAAUCUCACCUCAAACCUGACGUUCUCGAAUCCUCCGAUCUCGAAAAUGGGAGCAAAAAUGAUCGAAUUUCGCUGCCGAGCUUCAGCGAGUUCAGCUUCGAGCAGCUGAAAGCGGCUACCUCUGGCUUCUGUUCCGAUAAUAUAGUGUCCGAGCACGGCGAGAAAGCUCCGAACGUAGUCUACAAGGGAAAGCUGACCAACGACCGGUUGAUCGCUGUUAAGCGUUUCAACAAGUUCGCUUGGCCCGAUCCUCGCCAAUUCCUUGACGAAGCAAGGUCUGUGGGCAGUCUGCGGAGCGAGCGAUUGGCGAAUCUGAUUGGUUGCUGCUACGAAGGCGACGAGAGAUUGCUCGUGGCGGAGUUCAUGCCACACGAAACCCUCGCGAAGCAUCUCUUCCAUUGGGAGACACAGCCCAUGAAAUGGGCUAUGCGAUCGAGGGUGGCUUUGUAUCUUGCACAAGCUUUGGAAUAUUGUAGCAGUAAAGGAAGGGCACUCUAUCAUGACCUCAAUGCUUACAGAGUUUUGUUUGAUCAAGAUGGUAAUCCGAGGCUCUCCUGCUUUGGCCUCAUGAAGAAUAGUAGGGAUGGCAAGAGUUACAGUACGAACUUGGCAUUCACCCCUCCAGAAUACCUGAGAACUGGUAGAGUGACGCCGGAAAGUGUUGUUUACAGCUUUGGAACUAUGUUGCUAGAUCUUUUGAGUGGCAAGCAUAUUCCCCCAAGCCAUGCACUAGAUCUGAUUCGUGGCAAGAAUUUCCUGAUGCUGAUGGAUUCUUGUUUGGAGGGUCAUUUCUCAAAUGAUGAUGGGACUGAGUUGGUCCGGUUAGCUUCCCGUUGCUUGCAGUAUGAAGCUCGUGAGCGACCAAAUGCCAAGUCCCUUGUUACUGCUCUCAUUUCGCUUCAGAAAGAAACAGAGGUCCCAUCUUAUGUUCUGAUGGGUAUACCACGUGAAACUGCAACCUCAACACAACCAUUGGCACUAACGCCUUUUGGCGAAGCAUGCUUGAGAAUGGAUCUCACUGCUAUUCAUGAAAUGUUGGAGAAGAUUGGAUACAAGGAUGAUGAAGGGAUUGCCAACGAGCUUUCCUUUCAAAUGUGGACCAAUCAGAUGCAGGAGACAUUGAAUUCUAAGAAGCAUGGAGACACUGCUUUUCGAGCUAAAGACUAUGCAACUGCCAUUGAUUGCUACACACAAUUUAUUGAUGGUGGGACCAUGGUAUCGCCAACUGUGUAUGCGAGGCGCUGCUUGUCGUACUUGAUGAGUGACAUGCCACAAGAAGCUCUUGGGGAUGCGAUGCAGGCUCAGGUGGUGUCUCCUGAGUGGCCUAUUGCCUUUUAUCUUCAAGCGGCAGCCCUCUUCACCCUUGGGAUGGAUAACGACGCCCAAGAAAUUCUAAAAGAUGGCACAAGCUUGGAAGGCAAAAAGAACAAAAAUUGAAAGUGUAUAGGUUUUUCUUCAAUUUUCUUCUAUUUAUUGUUCAUUUUCUCCUCUUUCUGUUCUUCUUCUUGUAUUUAUCCUGCCCUCCUGCCAUUUUGAGCUUUGCUACAUUAGAGGAUUCUUUGAAAAUUUAUUAUUGGUUAUGAUUUUUCAUGUUCA